CCGCAAGCUCACAAUGUUCUUAUCGUUUCUUUUCACGCCCUGGGCUUUGCUGGCCUCCCCGUUCCUCUUCUACCUCCUCCCAUUCCUCAGAAAUUGGUCGAUCAGGGAUGUGCCGGGGCCAUUCCUCGCAAAAUUUACAACACUGUGGUAUAUGUACGAGUGUCGGCGGUGUAGGAGAUACUAUACAGUCUACAAACUGCACGAGAAAUACGGAAAAUUUGUUCGAGUCCAGCCAAAUCACGUGUCAAUAGCAGAGCCCGAGGCUAUUCCCAUCAUAUAUGGCCAUGGAACGGGUUUCCUAAAGUCCGAGUACUACGAUGCUUUCGUGUCAAUUCAGCGAGGCCUCUUCAACACCAGAGAUCGCGCAGAACACACCCGGAAGCGAAAGACCGUCUCGCACACCUUCAGCGCAAAGUCUGUUGGUCAGUUCGAGCAGUACAUCCACCACAACCUGGAGCUGCUUGCAAAACGCUGGGAUGAGAUCGCUAAGAAUACAGGAGCCGGAAAGUACACUCGCUUCGACGCAUUGCACUGGUUCAAUUAUGUGGCGUUUGACAUCAUCGGUGACCUGGCAUUUGGUGCCCCAUUCGGGAUGCUGGAGAAGGGCGCAGACAUUGCGGAAGUACAGUUGAACCCAGAUGGGCCAGUGACAUAUGCACCAGCUAUCGAAGUUCUCAACCGCCGAGGAGAAGUGUCAAAUGCUGUUGGCUGUUGGCCAGCGAUCAAGCCGUAUGCCAAAUACCUACCAGACCCAUUUUUCAGCAAGGGCAUGGAGGCCAUUGCCAACCUUGCAGGCAUCGCCACCGCUCGCGUCAACCAGCGACUAGCAGCAGCAGAGCGAGGCGAGAUCGAUCGUGUUGAUUUGCUCGCUCGUCUUAUGGAAGGCAAGGACGAGAACGGCAACAAGCUUGCAAAGGCAGAGUUGACCGCAGAGGCACUCACGCAGCUGAUUGCCGGGUCGGAUACGACCUCGAACACAUCCUGUGCGCUGCUUUUCCAUUGCUUGAAGAAUCCACACGUUGUCAAGAAGCUCCAGGCGGAACUCGAUGAGGCUCUGCCGUCUGACGAUGUGCCGACUUAUGAGCAGGUGAAGAAUUUGCAAUAUCUGGACCAAGUCAUCUCGGAGACUUUGCGCAUCCACAGCACAUCUUCUCAAGGACUUCCUCGUGUGGUGCCUCCUGGGGAUGGUGUCGAAGUUGCUGGUCGUCACUUCCCGCCAGGUGUUGUGCUGAGUGUACCAGCAUAUGUGAUGCACCACUCCAAGGAGAUAUGGGGUCCGGACGCCGAUGAGUUCCGCCCUGAGCGGUGGGAGAAAGUGACGGAAAGGCAAAAGCUGGCGUUCAUCCCCUUUUCAUAUGGUCCUCGUGCUUGCGUGGGAAGGAAUGUGGCGGAGAUGGAGCUCGCAUUGAUCGUGGCGACUGUGUUCCGAAGAUAUGAGUUCGAGCUAUACCAGGAUGAACUUGAGACACGAGAAGGAUUUCUACGAAAGCCGCUGGGCCUGCAAGUCGGCAUGAGGAAGAGGUCAUAGCAUUGACGUUGGGUGAGGUUUGAUGGAGCGGCUUGACGAUGCUAACGUUGCUACAUGUGGAAGAUGACAAGGGCGACUGAUUGUAGAUAUUCCUUGGCGCGACAGCAAGCAAUCGAAAUGUGAAAUCCACCG